AUGAAAUUAGUCAUACUAGUCUUAUUAUCACUUGCACUCUACGCCCAUGCAAAUGAAGAAGGAAGAGAAUUAAGAGGCUGCGGAUGCCACCGUGCUAAAUGCCAUCACCAUUGGUUAGACGUUUAUGACUACGAAAUUGAUGAGUGUGAUGAGCGCCCCGAAUGCCCACCAGAUAGCUGCUGUGUCGCCAACACCACUUACACCCCAAGUUCUUCUACAAAUUUCACAACGAUCGGAUCAGGAAAUUGCACUUGCAGUUGUAGCUGUGUUUGCUUUUCAUGCUCUUGCUCUUGCAAUUGCAGUCUUCCAAACCAAACAGUCACACCUCCAGGGAAUAAUACAAACAACACAAACAGCACAAACUGCACAUAUCAAUCUGGCGGAUGGAAUUUAGAGACAGGUGGGCUCGAUAUUUCUGCUGAACAAGAAGAUUUUGAAGAUCUGGGAGGGUUGGUUUAG